AUGUUUAAGAGACCACUCACAGGCAAAGUUAAAGGUGCUCUAGCACAAACGAAAAGUAAAUCAUCACCGGCUUCGGGAUCCAAGAAGACGGAACAAGCAGAAAUUGAUAUUAUCAGUAUGAUCCAAGAGCGGGAUUUUGCUGGUGCAAUUGCAGUGUUAGAGUUUUUUAAGGGAUUAGGAAAGGAGCAUCCUAGAGUGAGGCCAACACUACCCUGGUUGGCGUAUUGUUGCUAUCACCUGGGUGAAUAUACAAAAGCAAUCGAAUAUCUUGAGGAGCUCUAUUCCAAAUCCAAAGACUCGUAUAUAUUCCUUCAACUUGCUUGUUGCUAUUACUUCUUAGGAGAAUAUGAAAUAGCAUAUGAGCAUGUGUUGAAAGGUCCCGAUUGUCCAUACCAAAAUCGAAUUCUUUUUCACAUUGCAGACAAGCUACAAAAGGAGGAUAUUGUGAACCAAUGUCACAAAAAAUUAAGUGACAAUAAUAUUGAGGAUCAGCUGAGUUUGGCCGCAAUGCAUUUUUCAAGAAAUCAGAUUCAACCUGCGGUCAACAUUUACAAGAACCUUCUAUUGGAGGAUAGUUCCUUUGAGGCACUUCAUAUAUAUGUAGCUCUAUGUUAUUUCAAAUUGGAUUUCUUUGAUAUUUCAUUAGAAGUUCUCAACAGUUAUCUUCAAAAACACCCAAAUAGCCCAACAGCUCUAAACCUGAAAGCGUGUAACAUUUUUAAAACAUACUCGGGCAAAAAAGCAGAAGCAGUUCUUCAACCUAUUGUGGAGCUUCAACAAACAUCUCAUACUUCAGAGAACUAUCUUAUCAAGCAUAAUAUGGUCGUAUUUAGGAAUGGAGAAAAUGCUUUACAAGUUCUUCCGCCUCUACUUGAUGUGUUACCUGAGGCGAGACUCAACUUGGUUAUUUAUCACUUGAAAAAUGGGGAUGUAGACGAGGCAUAUGAACUUAUCAAGGAUCUAGAACCAGUCAAGGCAAGUGAAUAUAUCUUAAAAGGAGUGGUAAAUGCUUGUAAAGGUCAACUUCAUGAUACAAGAGAGCAUUUGAAAAAUGCUGAACAUUACUUCCAACUGGUAGGAACAUCUGAUACUGAAUGUGACACAAUUCCUGGAAGACAGUGUAUGGCAUCAUGCUUUUUCCUAACAAAAAGAUUUAGUGACGUCAUUGUAUAUCUUCAGUCCAUAGAAAAUUUCUUCCAAAAUGAUGACGAUUUCAACUGGAAUUAUGGAAUCGCUCAUGCCUACGUUGGAAACUACAAGGAUGCAGAAAAAAUAUUAUUAGCUGUCCAAGAUGAAAGUUAUAGAAGAGACUAUGUGUACAACAGCUGGCUUGCAAGGUGUUAUAUUAUGAAUGGGAAACCAGAACUUGCUUGGGAGCUCUACCUUAAAAUGGAAACCUCAAUUGAUGCCAUGAACUUGCUGCAGCUCAUUGCUAAUGAUUGUUACAAGAUUGGAUCUUUCUAUUAUGCUGCUAAAGCGUUCGACGUUUUGGAGAGGUUAGACUCAAAUUCUGAGUUUUGGGAAGGUAAACGAGGAGCAUGUAUUGGUGUGUUCCAGCAAAUCGUUAUCGGUAAGGAACCAAGCGAAACUCUGCGGGACAUUGUGCACAUGCUCAAGAACUCAAACAGAGAAGAAAAGAAUAUCAUUCUUCAAAUCAUUGCAAAGUGGGCUCAUGAGAAUAACCUAAUUUCGAAUUAA